CAGAUGCUGCCAGACCUGCAGAGUUUGUCCAGCAAUUUUUGGCUUUAAAAAUGGAUUAGUUGUGCUGGGAGAAGCCCAUCCACAGCAGGACCGAGGGGAAGUUUGAAACAAUCUCAAUGCCAUCCUCCAAACCGUCAAUCACUGGAACCCCAGCCCACUCUGAUAGUCACUACUGAUUGGAUACAAUUUCCCAAGAUGGCGGCGUUUAUGUAUUUCCGGGAAUCGGAUUGGUUUAUGCUCACGUCAAUCACCCCAGUGGUUAAAUUGGGUGCACGCCUCAUUUUGUUCACCCUUCAUCUUUUUGUCAAAUAUUUAAUACGAUAACAUUUUAAUAAAGUAAGGAGACAACAAAAGUGCUACAAACAAAACAAUGUCUUUGGAACUCUCCUAUCAAACUCUAAAAACGGCGCAUCAAGCGAGAGAGGCAGAUGAAAUUCGAUCAGAAGCCCGGCGUAAGAAUCUUUUGAUUCUAAUUUUGCACUACUUAACUGAAGAAGGUUAUAUAGAUACAGCAAACACUCUGGAACAAGAAACUAGUCUAGGAUUACGACGUUUUGAAGUUUGUGAUAAUAUUGACCUGGAGACUAUCCUAAUGGAGUAUGAAAGCUACUAUUACGUCAAAUUUCAACGGUAUCCAAAAUUAACUAAAAAAACAGCAGAUGAUGAAAAUUCAAAAUUGCAAUCACGGAGUGGAGGUAAAUUAAAGAGGACUCUAAGCUGUGCUUCUAAAGCGCUUCCUAAAAUCUCCACAGUACAGCGUCCAUGUUCCAAAACUGGAAUGAAAAAAACUGAGCAGAAAAAUCAAAAUCAGGAUAAUGGGCAGUCUACACCUCCUGAGACAUCAGAGUUUGGUUUGAAUGUGUCUACUAUUAAAGUUGGAGAUGGACUUCAUCCCAGACGGGGCCAGAUCAUUGACUUGCGAGGUAUGAUUCAAAAUGCUGUCAAAGAUUCAUCAACUGAAAUAGCAGUCAACAGCCUACAUUACAACCAAGAUCCUUCAGAACGCCUGAUAAAACCUCUGGGUGCCUUCAUCGGAAUGAAUGGUGAAUUGAGAGACCUUGCUGUUGUUGUCAGUAAGGAUAUUUAUCUACAUAAUCCAAAUGUGAGAUGGGAUGACAUAAUUGGGCUGGAGCCAGCCAAACGACUUGUCAAAGAAGCUGUUGUCUAUCCUAUUAAGUAUCCUCAGUUGUUUACUGGGAUUUUGUCCCCAUGGAAAGGACUGUUACUUUAUGGACCACCAGGUACUGGAAAAACAUUGCUCGCAAAGGCUGUCGCCACUGAAUGCAACACGACUUUCUUCAACAUUUCCGCCUCUACCAUUGUCAGCAAAUGGAGAGGAGAUUCUGAAAAACUUGUCAGGGUAUUGUUUGAACUUGCUCGAUUUCAUGCUCCCUCUACUAUCUUCCUGGACGAACUGGAGUCUGUGAUGAGCCAACGUGGUAGUGUCCCAGGGGGAGAGCACGAAGGAAGCAGACGGAUGAAGACUGAACUCUUAGUCCAGAUGGAUGGUUUGGCUCGUUCUGAUGACCUUGUCUUUGUUUUGGCAGCUUCUAACUUACCUUGGGAAUUGGACCAUGCCAUGUUACGCCGAUUAGAGAAACGGAUUUUAGUAGAUCUUCCUUCCAAAGAAGCAAGGCAAGCAAUGAUUCUUCAUUGGCUGCCUCCUGUCAGUAACAGUGGGGGUGUGGAACUUCAGACUGAACUGGACUAUAGUUUAUUAGGAGAGGAGACCAAAGGUUAUUCUGGCUCUGACAUCAAGUUGGUCUGCAAAGAGGCAGCUAUGCGACCUGUGAGAAAGAUCUUUGAUGCAUUAGAAAAUCACCAACCAGAUAUUUUCCUGAACACAUUUUAGUCACCUUACCUAUCAGUUUUGUCAGACAUGACCUACACUUUACAAAUUCAUGCUGCUUCUCUCUAAUCAACUGAAUGUUUUUUUGAGAUGUUCAAAUACUGAGUUUCGAAAUUCCCUUCACCCACCUUUCUUAAAUAGCAGAUUGAAAAAUUCCAUGCUUCAAUCGAAAGGAGUGGUUCCCAAAGCAGGAGACUUUGGAAGGUUAGAAUUACGACAUUUACAAUGUUCUCCUAAAACACUGAAUAGAAUCCAGCGAUUCCUGAAUAUUUGGCACUUUUUAAUGCUAUUAGCUUCACCAUAACUCAGUUUCCUUCCAUUAAUUUUGAUAAUUCACUGAUGCAAAAUAUUUGUUAAAUGGUGAGGCGAAUACAAGAAAAUGGCAGACAUUAGCAAUUUUCAAGAAGCCAUAUAUCUCUUCACCACCCUCUUUAUCCAAAUAAUUCAAAAAAUUGCAUGCAUUUCUUUUGAUUUCCCUUUUGUAGCUCAAUAUCUGCUGUCAUUUCUUUCCUUUGCCAUAGAGUCAGAGUCAUGGAGAUGUACAGCACCCUUUUGUCCAACUUGUCUAUGCCAACCAGAUA